AUGUCCCUGUUUCAAACCGCCACAAGAAUGAAAUAUCUGACACGUCUGAAUGUGUACAAUCAUGGGUUAACGGAAGUUCCCCAUACUCUUGGUAGCUUAUCAUCUCUGAUUGAGUUUAGGAUCUCCCGCAACCAGUUGGCGAGCUUGCCAUCUGAGAUAGCCUUGCUCAGGAACCUUAAGGUCUUCAAGGCGAACCACAAUAAUUUGACGGAAUUUCCGUCUGGCCUUCUUGCGCUAACCAAUAAUUUGGAGAGAGUGGAGCUUCGCUACAAUAUGCUGACAACUUUGCGUGUGGAAAUCGGCCAUUUAAACAAACUUUUGUUCUUGGACAUUGAUUCCAAUCAGAUUGACCAUAUUCCUCCCAGCAUUGGGAGGUGUGUGUCACUUCGUGUGGCUAGUUUUGCUGCUAAUUUGUUGAUUGAUCUACCGUUUCAACUUGAGAUGCCCACUUUAGAGUAUGGAGAUUUUCCAAGAUGCAAUCAGUUGGUCCUAUCCCAAAAUCAGUUGAGGGCGCUUCCAUCUUGGGUUGGUGCUUUGAUAGCCUUGUGCAGACUUAAUAUUUGGUAUAAUAAGCUCACUACCCUACCACAUGAGAUAGGAAGCCUUAGAUUCCUUCAAGUUCUCAGGGCUGAUCUGAACAGUAUUGUCAUGCUUCCCCCCAGCAUUGGGGAUUGCCGCUCACUUCGUGAGCUAGGACUGUCGAGCAACUUGUUAACUGAGUUGCCAGAUACCUUGGCUAAUUUGGAAGAGUAGAGGUAUGUAUGCUUAUUGUCUAAAUCUACAUUUCAUCAGAUUCAACUUGGGAUUUAUCAUCAAUCUUCUUCAACUUGGAUUUAUCAUCAAUCUUAUGUAUGUGCAGGAGUUAAACCGUCAUCACAAUAUAGAGUUGGCUACUCUACCGCCAACACUAUUUGAAGACUGCACCAACCUGAAGAAAGUUUAUUUGCACAACACAAAAGAUCACAGACGAUGAUCUCAGCCAGGUGCGCUUCCUUUCAUCUCCCUGCUAAAUGCUCUGCCCAACCUUUUUUUGUUCCCACUAUUGACAAUUACUACUUAUUUCAUUAGUAUGCUGGCUGGAGAAAUUUUUUGACUGAUCACGAACCAGCAGGGACGUAUGAUGAUUGAUGGUACUUUUCUUCUUUCACAAGAAUUUUCCUACAAAGUACAUUGAAUAUGCUAUCUAUGUUUGUUUGCAGUUGGAUUAGUGCACCAAAUUCUGAAUGUUGAAAAAACUUUCUUGUUUGUACUCCCAGGUGCUCCUUGGUUUUGGCGUGCAAAAUGAAAUUGUGAAGAACUUCUCGAAACCUAGAUUUAGGUUAAUGGUAGUACCUCAUUAAUGGGCAUUUUUUGUAUUUGAGGAGGUAGUUGAUGUGUUGAGUAUGUCUAGAUUGAUUUGUUUGUAUGGAACUCGGUUCCUUUUCAACUGAAUUGUAAAUAGAUAUUGCAGAAAUGUGUAGACAGUUGUAGUACUUUUCUUCAUAUUAUGAUGAGAACCAUUUUUGUUACUAUUGAUUUGUACCUUUUGUUGAUUAGGGAUAUAUCUUACAGCAUGCUGAUCCAAAAUGCUCUAAACCCUUGAGCG